CAGACUACAGACUACAGACUACAACCACAGUCUCCAACCCUCUACAUACAACAGCCUACAACGGCUCUACAGAUGCAAGAUAAAGAAGAAAAAUAGGAUCUAACUCACCGCAGAUAAUCGUCAAUUGUGAUUCAUUUUAAAGAGAGCUUUUUCGUGUGAUAGGUUCUCAGUCUCAGCCACCUAAAUAUUAAAGCUUAUAACCCAUUUGUCCCUGCUCAACUAGCCUCAUAACUGCACUCGUACGGUCUUUACACAACAUGUGCUUUUCACAGUCCAUAAGUGUAGAUUUGUGCCUUUCUCUGACAGUGUUCUUUUAUAUAUAUCUCCAUAUCUCCCAGUAACGUCCAAAGCAGUGAUAUUAGAUGUAGUUCUAUAAAGUAUUUCACAAUCUUAAAAUGGGAAGUCUACCAAAUUUACAUAGUUUGUCUUCUUGGUCGGAUAUUCAAGCGUUGUACAGUCCACUUCCUAAAGGAAGGAGAGCGAGAAAUCCUUCCCCAGUGCGACCUCGGGGAAGAGUGUCGAUGAUGGACUUUGGCCAUCGGCCGGUGAAACACGUUCGCAGUGUGGAUCGCAGUAUCUACCACGCACUGGACAAACGAGUGCUGGACCACGGUGAUCUAUCCAAAAUAAAGGACAAGCUCCUUGACCGUAAACUGCCCCUGGUGUGUCCCACUAGCACGGUGGUGGCUGCUGCUGCACCCUCCCAACGUGUCAUCGGCAUCACAGCCCUUACCCAUCGACCCUCCAAUUUUGAGUCAGCAAUGACCAACUCAUAUUCCCCAGUAUCAAGCCGUUCGACAAUCACUCAUCAUCACUUCCACGGACUGCAUCACCAGAGCAACGUUGUUCGUCACAGAGAGUCUCUCUCAAGCUCCGCCGGAGCCUCAUCUGUACGUCGACUGAUUGGAGUUGUUAGAUCCACUCCAUCGCAGUUCGGUCCGGUGUACUCUCGUAGAGUGAUUCACAAAAACUGGGCUGCUUUGUGCCUCGCAAAUGCACUUCUCACUUCAGCCAUAGUUCCUCUGUUAGGUCUCCAGAGCUCCAUCUCUUCCUGGUGGUGGCCUCCAGGAUCCAAACCUGAGAUCUCCCCUAACUGGUUUUAUCUGAGUGCUGAUAUCGGUUCUUUGUUACUGGCAUCUCUGUUUGCCAUCGGAUCUUUAUCAUCACUAUUUAUUGUCGCAGUUAUAAAAAAACUGGGAACUAAUACCACGAUAAACAUCAGUUAUGGAUGUGCUUUCCUCUUCUUCUCAUCCCAUCUAUAUCCGAAGCUAUACACAUUGAUUCCCAGUUAUAUUAUAAUGGGUAUCAGCUUAGGUCCUAUGGCAGGAGCGAAGGUAACUGCUUUGAUGGCCCUAGCUUCUAAAUAUUCCUUCGUUUUAUCAGACGAAGAAGAAGAUGAAAUAGAGCGAGUCGAAGAGACAAGCAGAAGAGAUGCGGUAAUUCACAAGCUUGCGAGAUGGAUGCAAACCACUCAGGACUGUGGUCUUGUUUUAGGAAAUCUUCUAACAGGGAUGGUUAUGGCUUACACUUGGAGUAUUGCUCAAGAUGUACACGACACUCAUGUUGCUAUAGACUCGAUGUAUGCCAUAGAUGAUGUUGGGGAACGAGUGUGCGGUGCUAAUGCUUGUCCUGUCACACUUGAUUUCCACAGACUCAUUCCACCUCCAGAAAUUGCAGCCAAUCGAUCUGAUGAUACUUCACUCAUCCUUCCUUGCAAGUCUUGUAUGUUUCUUGCUAGUGUAUUUAUUGGUUUUGGCAUAAUGGCUUGGAUAGUCGCUGCAGUAUUCACUGAUCGAAUUAUCAUCUAUCAAGAUAUUUCCGAAAAAAGUGAUUUUGCUAAAUCAUACAAAGUCAUGGCAGACACUUUCAAAGAUCCCCACCUUCAGCUAAUGGUUCCUCUAGCUCUCUACAUUGGUCUGACUCAAGGUUUCAUGUACGCUGACUUCACCAAAUCGUACGUAGUGUGUUCACUGGAUGUAUACAACAUCACGUGGGUAUUUGUGGCACUGGGGGUACUGCAAUGCAUUGCCGGAUGUACAGUCAGUCUUGUACUUCAACAAAUCAAGAGGAUUUACGUCAUAUCCGUGGGUUUCACCUUCCAUUCCUGCCUUAUCUUGGUACUACUCAAAUGGAAGCCAACAGGUGAUGAUCCAGCACUCUUCUACGUCAUUGGAGCCGUCUGGGGUGUCUGCAACUCAAUCUGGGAGUGCCUUACUUUUAGCUUGUUAAUAGUUAUCCAUCCGGACACCUGGCAACCUGCGAUUGGCCAUCACUAUUUCUUUCGCUAUCUGGGCCUCGCCCUGGCAUUCAGCAUUCACGGAGCAUUCUGCAACCAGCUCAAGUUGUACAUUCUAGCCAUGGUUCUGAUACUCACUGCCAUCUCAUACUCCAUCUUGGAGUGGAAGUUAUCGCAGCGGCCAAAAGAUAAUUUAGACGCUUUGUGACACACCCUAGCCCGGGUCACAGCCACAUCAUAGAGCUCAAGUCAACCGCAGAGUUUGAUCAUAUCGAUUCACACUCAAAUAUUCAUCUUACAGUAUUUUAUAAUGAUAAAUAUAUAUAUAUAUUUUUAAAUACUGAGCAAAUUAGG